AUGGCGGAUCUGGAACUUCUGCAAAGGAUUCUGGCCGCUGACUACGUCCCUACCGGCAAGAGGGUGAAUAUCUACCAGAAGCUCUCGGUUCUUUCCGAGAUUGAAAAUGCCCUUGACGAUGAAGAACGCAAGUUCAUAUACAACAGUCAGUUUGGGAAACUUUUUGAGAUAUCUCAAAAGCCGGCCUGGUCCGGUGCUUUUGCGCUAUUCACACUGACGAGGAUGCUUGAAGUUGAAAAGGACAACGAGAUUUGGGUGUUAUUUGCUGGUAAACCAAUUCGGUUUAGUCUCAGAGAAUUCAAAAUUGUGACUGGUCUAUGUUGUGGGAAAUAUCCACCAAGUGGGAAGAAGAGAAGAAGGUCAAACGGCGAGCAUUUCUACGAACAGUUAUUUGGUGGUGCUAGAGAUGUUUCCGCGGAGAAGGUGCUCCAGAUGCUGCAAAGUUGGUCGGUUAAUGACAGGGAAACAAGGCUGCGUUAUGCAUGUCUUUUAAUUGUUGAUGCAAUUCUGUUGCCCUCCUUCCAUUUUCCGCGUGUGAAGAUUGAUGUUGACCAUGCUGAGAUGGUGGAAGAUAUAAAUGCUUUCGUUGCUUAUCCAUGGGGCAGAGUUUCAUACGAAAUAAUAAUGGAAUCGCUGUUAACUAGAGAUUUUGCUCAGUUCGCGACCGCUAACGUUGUUGUACAAGGUUUCGUCCCGGCUAUUCAGAUGGUCGUUUUAGAAGCCGCCCCAGCUAUUUUAGAAGAUAGCGACGUAAGUGAAGAUGAAGAUUUUGUCAGCCGACGCGGCGGGCAGAAGCUUCAGUUGUCGAUGACCAAGAUUCGCUCACUCGAUGAAAAAGAUGAGGUCGAAGUAGAGAUGAUCAUACGCCCUGAAUUAGAGUUUAAUCAAGACGACGAAGAUCUAUCUUGGUCGGAAGAUGACGAAGAUCCUAAGGUGGAUCACAUGAUUAAGUCGUACAAUCAGGGUAUGGAGUUCUCUCAGGAGAUUUUUGGACCUGGUCUGACGGCCGAAGAACUGGCUACUCGGUCUAAGAAAAAACGAGUAAUUCGGAAAGCUAAGGGAGCUGCAUCAAAGAAAGGGAAAGGAAAGCUUAGGAAACCAUCAGUUAGUCGUUCUGCUGGGGAAAGUUCUGCAAGUGUUGGCAUUGAUCUCAACGCAAUUGGUAGUUUGUUUGACACGAAGAUAGGAGAGUUAGCAUCCAUGGUGGAAGCUAAUCUGAAGAAAUUUUUGGCUGCUCAAAUCAAGGAGCUCAGCACGAAGAUCGAGUCUGUUGCGGCGACUCAAUCUACCGUUAACAACAAGCUAAUUGUCGAUGGUGUUACGGAGUGGUUCAAGAAAAAUGUAAUCGUUGAGGAAGUCGUUGAUAUAUCAGAUGGUGCCCGUCCUAGUCCUGCUGUUAACCAAUCAGGUCGGCCAGCUCAAGGUAACCAACCAGCUGAGGAUAACCAACCUGUUGCAAGCCAUUCAAUACCGAAAACACCUGGGCCAGCUCAAGGUCAUGUUGCGAAUUCCUCAAUCCCGAAGUCGUCUGCUCAGUCACGAGGAAUUGGUAACGAAGAACUUUCUGUGGAAGAUAUUACCGCUAUUUAUUCGGACAUAGCCGCCAAGGAUGCACCAUCUGAAACUGUUAACCCGACCAACGUACCAACUGCGGAUAACAUAGUUAACAACGAACCGAUGACUGUAACCUUUGAACAUGGUGAAUCCACUGAACACACGGCAUUCGACGGCGACCAUAUCAAUGAUGGCAUAUUUAGCGACAACAACGUUGGAGUUAACAAUCAAGGCGUCGCUGAUGUUUUAAUCGACGAAAACAAUCUGGCAACACAAGGUGGCAUGAAUUCGCCUCCCAGCAUACUGUCUGAAGAAACAUCAGAAAAGAUUCCAACUGCAGCUCCAACGGUCGACAAAACGCAUCAGACUGCGGUACUUGAAGAUUCCCAAACGGAAGUGCCUCCGACAACCCACUCCAAUGUGCAUGUGGACAUCUUGCCGGUUGGCAAAGAUGAUGUAAUUCCAGUUAGCGCCACACUACCUCAGGGGGAUGUGGUAGCGAGAACUGCAAUUCCAGAUCGAGGUUCGCAAGAUGCUGAUAUCAUAGAUGCCGCUGAUGAUGGAGGACGAAGGUCUGAUCUUGUUAUUGAUAAGGCCCUGCGGAAGGAAGACGGCAACAAUGCGAGUGAUUUGGAAGUACGUAGGAAAAGCAAGCGAACCAAAUUCGCUUCAACAAAGUUGGAUAAUCGGUUUAUCUGUGAUAAGGAUAUGAAGAGGAAAGUCUGCAGACACUCACCAGUAGGUGGACUUCAGGACGGUGUAGAAGAGUACGAAGAGUCCAUCAAGUCGCUGAAAAGAACUCUAUCUGUUGGGGAUGGGAUUGUUCUGCAAGUGAAAGAUGUUACAGAUAUUAUCGGUCGAGAGAAAUGCAUGCUCACAAAGUUAUCAACACAUGUGAUGGAUGCACUCGUUAAACUAAGUAGGCAUCUCCUCAAAGUUGACGAUCGCAAACCUCGAGUUGAAGUGCUCGAUACGAAGUUUGUCUCUAGCCUUGUCAAACUGUAUCCGAGAUUUUCGAAGGCUGUUAAUCGUGAUGCAUACCAGUUCAGCAAACCUGUUGUUGAGAAACUGGUUGGCGUUGGUGAGGGAGGCCGUCAACAUCUUUUCACAGAGGUGGACAUACUAUACCUCCCUUUCAAUCUCGACGGUAAACACUGGGUCUUUCUAGCGGUCCAUCUCUGCAGUUCCAAAAUUGAGGUUAUCGACUGCAACGUUCAACUUAGGACAGACGUUAGCAUGCACCACGAGCUGCUCCCUAUUGCGGUAAUGUUUCCUUAUUUGUGCAGGCAGGUUGGCGGUAAUGAGUCAAUGGCGAAGAUGCCGUUAACACAGAUGACAAUUGAAAGAGCAACAGGCAUUCAACAGUUAACUAGCCCAAAUGAUUCAGGCUUAUGCUCUAUUUUCCUAAUGCAAGCUCAUGCCAUUGGUGGAAUCGAACAAUGUAGACUGAUUGACCCUUCAGAUCUGGAGAUCGAUGCGCGGAAGUUGAUUACCGUUCUUAUUGAGGUUUUCAAUAACUAA